AUGCAGAUUUGUAUAAUAUGUACUUCAGAAACAAAUUUUUCAACAAAAUGUGGGUGUCAUUUUUGUUUGGAGUGUCUAAUAAAUUGGUUUGAAGAGAAAAACAGAGAUAAAGCAAUUAAAAUUAUUUAAUGUCCGAAUUAAGAUUGUCCUUUCAGUUAUAGUAGGGAUGAAAUUUUAAGUUAUUGUUCUCUUUAACCUUAUGAAAGGAUGAUUUAAGAGAUUUUAGUAAAGGAAUAUCUAAAAAAUGAAGAUGUUCGACCAUGUCCAAAUGGUAAAUGUAAAUAUUAUGGAUAUAUUGAAUUAUAAAAUAAAUGUGAUGAUGAAUUAGAGUGUUAAGAAUGUGGAAUGAAAUGGAGAGAUUUUGCAUUAGCUUCAUAUACAUAUUAGAUUGAAUACAUGAUACAAAAUAUAUUUGGAAUAAUAAGAGAAUUUUGUUAUUGUUUUAUUACUGCAAAUGAGUGUCCUAAUUGUGGUGUUUUGAUUUAAAGAAAUGGAGGUUGUAAACAUAUGACAUGUAAAGUAUGUGCACAUUAAUUUUGUUGGUUAUGUAAAUAAUAAUGGGGAAGACACAAAGAAACUUAAUGUUUUAGUUAAUUCGUAUUAUCAAUUGGAUUGUUAUUGACUUUUCCUGUUAAUAUAUUGUAUUAAUUUGGAGUAUUUUAUUAUUUACUUUAUCUAUUAUAUCCAUUGUUAUGGAUUUUUGAACUAUUUACUAUGAAUGUAUUAAUAAUUGGAACCUUAUCAGGUUUAUUUGGAGUUUGUAAAUCAAUAUAUGAUCUCUAAAAUAGAAGACGCUUUUAUGAAAAUCUACUAAUUUUAGGUGGAUGCAUCAUAUUACUUACUCUAGAGUAUUUCAUCUUAUAAUUUUCUACUAAUUAUUUGGAUAUAACUCUUGGAAAAUCAAUUAUAGGUUUUGGAUUAGAAAUCUUAAUUAUAAUAUUGGUUUUCAGUUAUUUUACUAGAAUAGGAUUUAGAUGGAUUUUAAUUCCAAUUAUUGGUAUUUUAUUAUGUUAUUAAUGGGGAUUAAAUGGAUUAUCAUUACUAAUUUGGUAGUUUCCAGUAAUAUUUGGUUCAAGAAAUCUUAUGUCUUAGAUCUACUUUAAUUUUAUUGCUAUUGGUUUAUUAGUUUUAUUCAAUAUUUUUAGUUUAUAAGAAAUUUUUGUUUAAACUAAAUUUUAUUUAUUAUUGGGAUCAACAUUGUUUCAAUUUAAAAGGAAUGCUGAGAAAAAUCAUUUAGUAUUUGUAGGUAUUUUAGCAAUAAGCUAUAUUUAUGAUAUAAUAUUUAGUUGA